AUGUCGCAGCCGCAGCAGCAGCAGCCGGAGGCGGUGAAGCUGAUCACGGCGUUCGGCAGCCCGUUCGCGCACCGCGUGGAGGUGGCGCUGGCGCUCAAGGGAGUGCCGUACGAGCUGCUGGUGGAGGACCUGUCCGCCAAGAGCGGCCUCCUGCUGACGCACAAGCCCAUCCACCGCUCCGUCCCGGUCCUCCUCCACGGCGGCCGCGCCGUCUACGAGUCCCUCAUCAUCUUCGAGUACGUCGACGAGGCCUUCGCCUCCCACGACGACGACGCCACGCCGAGGAUCCUGCCGGCCGACCCCUACGCCCGCGCGACCGCCCGCUUCUGGGCCGACUUCGUCGCCACCAAGUGA